UCUCCAUUUUCCCUCAAAACUUUCCUUGAAGCCUAUGGAACCCACAAGCUCCUUCUGACUCAGGUCGUUUACAUUACAGAGAGAGAGAGAGAGAGAGAGAGGAAUGAGAAAAUGGACGCAGCAGAGGAAGAGUUGGAGAGGAGGAGCAAGUUCUUGAACAGUCUGAUACUGAAGAAGAAAGCUAUAGACCAACAAGACCACCAUGAGCAACUCAAUAUUCGUGUUAGAGCCUCUGAUAUGCCUUUGGCUUUGCAAAAUAGAGCAUUUAGGUGUGCUAGAGACAACCUCGAUUCCAUGCCUGGAAAGCUUGACAGCAAACGCCUAGCCCUUGCCCUCAAGAAGGAAUUCGACUCAUUGUAUGGUCCAGCGUGGCACUGCAUAGUGGGAACAAGCUUUGGUUCGUAUGUUACACAUUCCAUAGGGGGGUUCUUGUACUUCUCAAUCGACAAGGUUUACGUCCUUCUUUUCAAGACUGCUGUUGAGCCUUUGGAACAUUGACAUUUGCUACAAAUUGCAUUCCAAUGAUGUGUGAUUCCCAAAAUUAUGAGCGGAAUGUCAAAUUACGUGUAAAAUUAUAGACUAGAAAACUGAAAAGAAAAGGAAAAUUUCUACCCCUGUAUUGUACUUCUUUGUGUUUGCGUUGAGACUUCCCUUGUCAUAUUUGUAAGAGCAUACAAGAAAACUGGUUUGUUCAUGAGUUUAAUGUUUCAUUCAGUUCAAAUUCUAGGCUGUCAAACUUAUGGAAGUUAUAACAAUGAUUGUAUUCUGUUGCUUCUAUGCUU